AUGUCGUUGAGGAGUUACAUCGGGGCACUACGUUCCCGGUGGCCACACACUUGUGCCACAGAACCAAUACUGCGGAUUGUACUAGGUAACGAGUCCUGUGACUUCGAUUCGUUUGCCAGUACACUCACGUACGCUUACACACGGGGGCUAGUCCCCGUGCUACAGUUGCCAGACUCCCGCGAUAUCCUUCUACGAAGGGACAUUGCAUGGUGGCUGUCCCAGCGGGGGAUCCCCGCCACGCAAUUGUUCACUCUACAGGAUGUGAAAGAAUGGCGGACCACGCAGGGGCCCCAUGGGGCCGUGCACGCCGUACUAGUGGACCACAACAAGUUGACCGGGCCUGCAGCCGCUCUUGUCGACGAAGUCACCGGUGUAGUGGACCACCACGCGGACGAAGGGCUGUACUUGGGUGCAGAACCGCGAGUCGUGCAACCGUGUGCCAGCUGUUCUACACUCGUGAUGGACCUGUGUGGCAGAAGCGAAGACACACCACCACCAGAGGAUAUCACUGAACUGUGCCUCUCCGCACUGCUGCUGGACUCCUCGUGUCUCGCGAAACGGAUGACACCGCUGGACGCGUCUGUCGUGAACAGGUUCUACAAGGGGGCCACGGACACCGCGCUGCUGUACAGGACGCUCCAGGGCCAGAAACGCGAUCUCUCGGGGCUCACCGCGGGCGACGUCCUCCGGGCGGACUACAAGCAGUUCUCCUUCGCGCUGGGCCCGGUGGGGGUCGCGGUGGGGGUCGCCUCCGUCCCGCGGUCGCUGCGGUGGGCGGCCUCUGCGGUGGGCUGGGCAGAGUUCUGCCGGGCAGCGCAGGGGGCCGUUGCGGACCGCGGGCUCGCGCUGCUGCUGGUGAUGUUCCACUCCGGCGGGCGGCGGCAGCUGGCGGUCGUAACAGGGUCCGCCGGCGCGGCGCUAGCAGACACGGUCGUCGCGGCGGUUGCGGGGGACCUCGCGCUGGCGGAGAUCACUGCGGACGGCGCGGGAAUGGAGGGCGGUUCCGCGGAGCCGGGGGACGGGUUCCGCGGAAGCGCCGUCCGCUGCUUCGAGCAGGGUAACGCGGUGGUCUCGAGGAAACUGUUCACGCCGAUGCUUUCUCGGUUCUUCAGCUCUUUGAGUCACCAACGAGUGGCUGCUACCGGUCCAAGCAGAGCAACCCCCCACAGGAUGAAGAGUGUUAGUGUCGGUGUUAUUGGUGCUGGUGUCGUCGGGUCCGCGCUUUUGGACCAAUUGGUCGCGUUGAGCCUGCCAGACGUGCAAUUGGAGCUUGUGCUCGUGGCUGAGUCCGGGAAGGCUCUGCUGUCGCAAGAUUAUAAGCCGUUGCAAAACGGGGAGUCCUUCCAGUGGAGAGACGCUUUGGCGAAAUGUGGUGAGUCCACUGGGUUAGAGAUGCCACAGGUGAUUGAGUUCUUGAAGAAUUCUCCUCACCGGGCGAUCCUGGUGGAUAACACCUCGAGUGCGUACGUUGCUGGGUUCUACAACGAUUUCGUCAGUGCUGGGAUCUCCAUCGCGACUCCCAACAAGAAGGCCUUCUCAUCGGAUAUUAAAGUCUGGGAUCAAUUGUUUGCUCCGUCUACCGAUGAGAGUUACCCUCGUGGGUUGGUCUACCAUGAGGCCACGGUAGGUGCUGGUUUGCCCAUUAUCUCUUUUCUAAGAGAAAUCAUUGCCACGGGGGAUCAAGUCGAGAAGAUCGAGGGGAUCUUCUCGGGUACUCUGUCGUACAUCUUCAACGAGUUUUCUAGCUCUGAUGCUAAAUUCUCCGAGAUCGUCGCUGUCGCUAAAUCCCUCGGGUACACUGAACCUGACCCAAGAGAUGACUUGAACGGGUUGGAUGUCGCUAGGAAGGUCACUAUCGUCGCUAGAAUUGCAGGGUUGCCAGUGGAAAACCCACAGGCUUUCCCAGUCCAAUCGUUGAUCCCUAAACCACUGGAGUCUGUGUCCUCCGCACAGGAGUUCUUGGAGAAAUUGCCUCAGUACGAUGGUGACCUAGAGGCAUUGAAACAGGAGGCCGCGAGUGAGGGGAAAGUGUUGCGGUUCAUCGGAUCUGUCGAUUUGACCACGAAGACUGCAUCCGUGGGGAUCCAGAAGUACGACACUGCUCACCCGUUCGCGUCCCUCAAAGGCUCCGACAAUGUCAUCUCCAUCAAGACGAAGAGGUACACUAACCCGGUGGUCAUCCAAGGUGCUGGUGCAGGUGCUGCCGUUACGGCCGCCGGUGUUCUAGGUGACGCCAUCAAGGCAGCUCAGAGAUUGUAG